ACCGCAGGGUGUCAGUUUCGGGAUCCCGGUGACCUGCGCUGCGAGCUGUGGGACUGAGCGCUGGUUCUCUCCGAGGCUUCUCCCCCGGGGCUGGCUGAGCGCCUCCGUCCCCACGCCCGAGUCUCCCUCAGCGCGGGCCCUGCUUGCGUCUCCUCCGUGGUGCUUUUCGCUCCGGAAGACUUUCUGUGUUUGUUUUCUCCUCUUCCCUCUUUGUCGCCCCGAAAGCCGGCCUCGCCACAGCCCCGCUCGAGGGGGAGUCGGACUCGCGGAGAGAGCCGGCCGCCGCUCGCUCCCUGCCCCGACCCCUCCUGCGCGCUCGCCGGCCGCUGCGCUCACCCUGCCUGCCGCCCGCGCCGUUCCCCGAGGAGCCCACGCCGCCGUCAUUGAUGCACCCAUUCCAGUGGUGUAACGGGUGUUUCUGUGGCCUGGGACUGGUUAGCAGCAACAAGUCCUGCUCAAUGCCACCCAUCAGUUUCCAAGACCUUCCGCUCAACAUCUAUAUGGUCAUCUUCGGCACAGGCAUCUUUGUCUUCAUGCUCAGCCUCAUCUUCUGCUGCUAUUUUAUCAGCAAGCUCCGGAACCAGGCACAGAGUGAACGAUACGGGUAUAAGGAGGUGGUACUUAAAGGCGAUGCCAAGAAGUUACAGCUCUAUGGGCAUACCUGUGCCGUGUGUCUGGAGGACUUCAAGGGGAAGGAUGAACUAGGUGUGCUCCCAUGCCAACAUGCUUUCCACCGCAAGUGUCUAGUGAAAUGGUUGGAGGUCCGCUGUGUCUGCCCCAUGUGCAACAAGCCCAUUGCAGGCCCUACAGAAGCCACUCAGAGCAUUGGGAUCUUACUGGAUGAGCUGGUAUGAGCACUGCUGUGCCAGGAAAUGGAGACCACCUCUUGCUCUGUGGAUGCCUGGCCCCUCACAGCCACACCGAAUGAGACUGUUGAAUGGUGAUAGUCACAUUCACCUGAAGGGGAGGGCGGGGCAGGGCUGGUGUCCCACCCUAAGGGUGAGAUCAGUACCAGACUUGCCCAUCUUUCUGCCUCUGGAAGCCUUCCUAUCACUCAUUACCUACGGCCUCACCCAGCCAGACUUCUGUGCCCUAGUACUGGACAUCUUCCUACCUUGUCCCUGCUUGGGAAGGAAUCCACCCUUACCUGACCAUGGACAUUGAGCCCGUCCUCCCUCAGUGUUCCCAAUAAGAGGACAACCUGUCCCAAGCUGUCAGGGAGAGGCUGGCUCUGCCCCACCUACAACCUCCGCUCCCCUCCCUACUUCCACAGAAGAAUUGAGGGAAGGAAGGAAAGACCGAGGAACCAGGCAGCUCCACUGGAAGUGGAGGGCAGGGACCUCUACAAAGAAAACAGUCAAUGUUUACAUGGGACCUAGUGAAACAGGUUGGGUUAGCCAGAGGCAGGCUGACUGCAGGGGGAUGCGGAGCCCUGCUUGCCCCUGCUAGGACCUGAGGUGCUAUCUAUCUAUACCCACCCUUGCCUCUUCCUCAGUUAUCUCAGAGCUUCCUAUUCCAUGAUGGGGUUGGAGAGCCCCUCCAGAGGAAGGCCUGUUAUACACUCAGCUGCUCCCCAGGGGCUUUUUCUAAAGGGGUGAAAGGGGGAGCCCAGGGACGGGAGUAUUGGAACUUACAGUAUGGACAAAUACCUGCUUCCCCUUUGUAAAUAGUAUUUUUAUACUUCAUCCUCACCACCUCAGGCUUUACACGUGGGAUUUCCUUCCCUGCAAUGGAGAGGGUAGGAAUCUUCCCUUCCUCCCCAGAAUGGGUGAGGGUGGGAGAAGGGUAUGUAUUUAAAGAAAAUUAAAUUUAAUAACAAUUUUGUCUAACCAAUUUGCCUGUGGUUGUGGCUCUCCCUCCUGGCUGCUCUGACAGUAGAGAGAACAAAGUUCUCUAACUGGCUCUUCCUGCCUUCCCCUACCAAAAUCAGACAUGUGUACAGAGUUGAUCCUAAUCCCUUCUUAUUUUUUUUAAGUUAAAACAAGGUCUCACUAUGUUGCCCAGGUUGGUCUAAAAGUUGUCAUUGUGCCUGAGUCUCCUGAAUGGCUUGGCUUGUAUGUGUGCACCAUCACACUCAAAUGUUCUUGUCCUUAAAAUUAGCCAGGCAUGGUGGUGCAUGCCUAUAAUUCCAGCACUAGGGAGGCUGAGGAAGGAGGCUCCCUUGAGUUCAGGAGUUAGACACCAGCCUGGGAACCCAUCUCAAAAGAAAUUUUUUAAUUGGUAAUAGAUUAUCACUUGUACAACAUAGUUUAGGACUAAUACCAGUGUACAGUAAAAACUUACUUAGCCAAGCUCAUUUAUCAGAUUUCUCAAAUAUUUUAAAGUUAAUGUUUUCAAGUACUUCAUUGCACUAAAGCUUGGAACUAAUAAAAUUCUACUUGAAAUUGUCAGUGCCCUUACUAACAAGGUCUAGUUUGCUUACCAGAGAAGCCUGAUCUUUUGCCCUUUUCUUACCUGACCUCUGUCACUCACUGGCUGGCACAUCCUGGCCCAUAACAUCUAUCUGGAGGUGUCAAAUGGUAAUACUUCAUGGGCCAGUGUGUGCUCAGAUCUUACACACAUGUCCUUCAGCCCUGCUGUCAGUGUAACGAGUCAGUAGUGGGUGUGUCCAGUGGGCUGAGAGUUAGGAAUGCUUUUCUUGGCUAUGACUGUAUGAGGAUGAGGCAGGGGUCCCUGUUUUCCUCGUGCCAGGGGUUGAUACUGGGUGGCCAACUGGGGAGCAAGUGCUGAGUGCUGAGGAUUAGGAGCAUGUGCUGAGUGAAUUGCAGUGUGCUGUGGAGUUGGCUGUGCAAGAGAUGCGCGUCCCGAAGGUGCCAAGGGUCCUCCCAUCCCUGCAGGUGCACCAUGGGAAUACAGCACUUUGUACUCAUGGACAGCCCCAGAGGUGCAGCUGAGGCACCUGCUGUCCUCGUGUUAUCAGAACCUGUCUUCACCCACAGGUGCACCUGUUCUUGAUACUUCCUUCCUCUUCACACCAUAACCCUGCUUAAAUCCCCACCCUUCUAGCUACUGCCAGGCGUAUGGAGCUUGAUCUUGCUUCAUCAAGGGUACCACUUCCUCCUCUAGUACUGCUAGCUUGCUUUAGUGCAGGGGGAAAUGCAUUCUCUAAGCAAAAUAAAACCUUCUGUCUAGCUCCUGCUGUGGCCUCGUGGUGGAUGCUGGUAAUCAGUAGAUUGGCUUCACAUCUCUUGCCUCAUUAUCUCCCCUUUCUUUUAAGGAAAAUUUAUCAGUAUUGAAUGCAUUAGUGUUUGUAGGAAAACGCUAUGACAGAUAUGCAUUUUAUGAGUAAAAUAUGACACCUAUAAUCCCAGCAUAUGGGAGGCUGGAGCAGGAGGAUCGCCAGGAGUUUGAGGCCAGCUACAUAGGGAGACCCUAUCUCAAGCCAAAAAUAAGUAAAUGCAUUUCACAAAUUUUCAAAUCAAUUUUUUGAGUUCAAAAUGAUGAGAAAUACAUUAUAGUGCUUCCAUUCAAGUCACAUAAUAUGUAUUACAGAGUGCGUAAAAGGGAAAAAAACCAAGGUAUUGCUUAGCUGAUCAGCUUAGCUGACAGCAGCUGUGCACAGGUUAAAUCAUGGUAAGCCCCAAAUUCAGUGUCAUUAGCAUGGUCUUGUUGCUUGGUGCAGUAUUUCUAGACAUCUGCUGCAGACAGGUGCUGGAGGACAGAAAGGUCCUUGCUUUGGGGAAAAGGCACAGGUGCUGUUCUUUGGGUGAGUGAGCUUGAGUGGCAGAGAGAUCCCUAGCUUCACUGGUGUGGAAGCAACAGUAAGAUGCUGGCCUGGAUGUGAUGCCAGAGAGAGUCCUAUCGCCAAAGUUCCAUGAACAUUAACCAGCCUGUUUGGGACCAGAGAGUGCAAACAAUUUUGUAUGAAGCUGGAAUGGGGAAAGACAGGUUGAGAAAAGUCCUGAGUGGAGCCAGAAACAAGGGGUUUGAUACAGUAAAUAUCCUAAAAUUUCUUUAGAUCAGGCUUUUAAAAAAAUCUAGGUAUCUUUUGAGCACCAACCCAAUUGUUUUUUCCUUUGUGCACUCAGACAACUCCAUAAGCAACUGUAGUACAUCUAGUGCUAUUUAAAUUAAUGAAGACUGUGCACCCCAAAUGCAUUUCAACGGGGAAACCACUGAAGGAAACAGUGAUUGCAUGUAUAACAGGAUUCCAACUGCACUGGUAAUUCAGAGGCCAUUUUGAUCAAUCAGAAGAUAAUAAGUGGCUACCAACCUAAAACCAUUUGCUUUCUUUUCUGGAGUUUGGAUUAGGGACAGAGUAUUGAGAAAGGCAAAUAGUUUAUACACGGAUAUUGUGAGGGCAGAAACAAACCCAGAUAGUGUGAUAUCUAAGUUCAAUGUCAGCUUUACUCCUCACUGCUUAGGAAGCAGCAGGCUCUCCGUGAAGAUAUUCAAGAAAGUAUCAGGUGUUAUUAACUCCUGGGCUUAUCCAUACAGGGAAGACAACAACCCCCAGAGAACUGUCAGAUGAUAUGUGUGCUUGCCAUUAUGUAUCACCAUGUGGUAGUCUUGUUUCUGUUUGUCUUUUUAACUCCACAGUGAACGACUUAAGUCUUAUGUGGACCUACCACUUAUAAAAUGGGUAACUGCAGUGAGGAUAGAAAUUCAGAGUUCCUGUUGUCAAAUUUUGAGAAUCACUGUCUACCACAGAUUGGAAGUGUGUCCUUUGAAGAAUUAUAUUCUGGGUGGGGGUUUUAGCUCAGUGGCACCAUGCCUGACUAGCAAGUGCAAGGUCCUGAGUUCAAUUCCCUGUACUGGAAAGAAAAUUGUAUUCUCUGGUGUUGAAGAUGUAGCUCAGUUGUAGAGUACUUGCCUAGCAUGCCGGAGGCCCUGGGUUCAACCCCCAGUAGCCAAAAAGAAUUGUGUCCUCCCAUUCUCACUUCUCCCCCAUCAGUUCUUACUCCUGAACCCACUGCAGCUCCACUAGGGCUUUUUCCCAUUCUCAGGAUCUUAUUUUAUGCCUCCCCAAUUUUCUCAUUUUUCUCCUAAGUUAAGAUCAACCUGUGCCUUCUAUUCCAGCACCCUUUUCAAUGUCUCUGACCAUAUCAUUCACAGGUCAGUCUUCUGUUGAAGCCGUUAAGUACAGACAGGUUCAGAAGAACAGAAGUGAUCAAAUUGGAGACAGUACAAAAUGACCAAUUAUGCACAUUUGUACAAAUUUGUGGAAAAUAUUAAGACCCAAGCCUUGGAUUCCCUCUGACUCUACUAAAAAAAAAUAAAAACUUUGUUCAUUUAAUUCCUUUCUGAUAAAUGGGUAGACUAUACAAAGAGGGAGGACAUCUGGCGUCACACUUGUACUAUGGUAUGGCACCUGAUUCUUUGCCUAUGUGACAGUCUUCAGAAGAAAUCAGGACAUGUGCUUUGUAGAGGAAGGGGCAACAAAGAACACCACAGCAUCAGGAGGAGAAUGUUUUUGGUGACUGUUCUUUCUAGUCUUGACUUCUGCAUUGACACAGCACAUUCUUAUCCAUCUCUCCUCUUCCAUUUAUUUUUUCUCCUUUACCCUUUUCCCUCAUCUCACCCUACUAAUUAAUAUUGCUGAGAACACCAAGACAUUUCAGAAUCUUCCCUAUGAGACACCAGUGUCAUGAAUGGUUCAAAAGACGCACAAAUUACCACACUGGUGUACACCCCCACAGGGGCCAGCUCUGAGUUUCCAAAUGCUUAGUAUUAUAUAUGUUCAUUCUGUCUCAAGAGAGUGCUGGGUAUUCUCAAAUAUGGAGCUGGAAUUUGUGAAGACUUUGAUAUAUUAAAGAAGUGAUGCUAUGUUAGGGAGGCCAAUAAAUCCAAACCCAAAUGAAGGAAAAACUAGAUUUGUUUAGUAAAUGUCAGAUUGGGUAUUAAAAUAUCAGAACAAAUUCAAAAUGUGAUAGCACAAUUAUAAUGUGCCAGGGAGUCGUUUUCUCUACCACCUUCAAUAUUGAAAUCGCUAUCGGGUUAUUUGACUGCAGGAAAACAGAGGAGGUGUAAAAAUUCCCAUGAUGGGCUGGAGGGCUAGAGUGCAAGUUUCCGGGUUCUAUCUUCAGAAAAGUGUCCCAUGAGGAAGAAACAAGAAUAUUUUAAACCUGGAGGUAUAAAGACUAAAGGACAAGCAUUUUAUUGUUGCUUUCAGUACUAUGCUGUAAGCAUGAAUCUCCACCACAAACUCAGACCAUCUAGAAAUUAUUGUUUUCUUUCCUUUAAAUUGCUUUUGGCUCUGAGCCAUCAAACUUCUGAGAUAACAAGGAAAUCCAUCCUUUGUCUGCAAUGCUAUAUCUCCUCACAAAAAUGCUCAUGGGUCUCAGUGCCACACAGACAAACACCCGCAAUUCCAUGCUUUGGUAUACACUGUUUACCUACUGAGCUGUCUUUCAGGCCCCAAAGACAUAGCUUUCCCCCAUCUACUAUCUUUGGUGCCAGGUUUGGAGGAUGGGAAGCUUACAGAAGCGACAGAGGCCCGGCUCAUCCAGAUCCCACACAGCCACUGGCAUUGGCCACCUCUGUAGGGCUGCCUGGGAACUAAGAUGCAGGUCCUCACUACUGGUGGGACUCACCACUUUUGGCCUUUUCAAGCAGAAAGGGUGUAGGAUGAACCACUUGAACUCUACCAUGGACAUUUUGAUGUAUUUACCGUAUCACACAUCUAUCCAUAAUCAAUGUCCUUUUUAAACACGUUUCAAAGUAAACUUCGAACGCCAGUGCUCUUUUUAAUAUUGAUUUUUACAAGUAGCUUCUCUUUUUGUAAGUGAACUGAGGAUGACUAGGAAACUGCCUUGAUUAUGAAGAUAAACAGAUAAACUUUCUGACUAGUUUUGAGUAGCUCCAACUUCUAGGUGGUUUUAGGAAUAACUCAGGUCUGAAAUAUAUAUUUAUUUGUUUUUGUCUGUGUAUUGUGGUGCUGUGGAUGGAACCCAGGGCCUUGCAUAUGUUAAGCAUAUGCUUUACCACUAAGCCAUACUCCCAGCCCCUCAUUUUAUAUUUAAAAUGCAGUCAUAGGGGUGAAGAGUUCUUCAUGGCCCCAGUUAAUUUUUAACGUUUCUAAAUUAUAUGUUGUGUAUCAAAGCAAAAAGAGAGAAAUGUAUCAGAAGUAUGAGACACAUCCCCUUGGUGCACAUUUUAACAUUUUUUGCACAAUUACCCAUGGACUAUGCUCAUUUUGGAUUUUUUCCACACCCUAAAUUUAGCAAGCUAGAAUUAUCUCUAAAGCACCACUUAAAGCAACCUUCUUGAAAGGAAGAAUGCCGACAAGGGGAAAUCUGUUUCCUCAUGGUUAGAAUGCAGUAUCCCUAACUAAGUCAUUUAGCCAAGAAGCAGAGUUUUACUAUAUGCUACAAAGACAGUAAUCCAGCAUAUUCAUUACAGGUUUGUAAGAGUAAAAACUUAUACACUCCGAUUCAGAAAUAUGAGAAACACAGGCUCAGCUGCCAGGCAAUGUAUUAACAGGCAUCCUUGCUUUGUGUAUUUGGGAAAUUGCGCACAUUGAAUUGAAUAAUUGCCUUCGAGGUGCCAGGGGGAUUUCAUUGUUUAGAGGAAUUCCAUGUUGAGUCUUUUUAUGGCUAAAGCACACCUCCCCCUUUUUGGCAGUACUGGGGAUUGAACCCAGGGCCUUGUGCAUGCUAAGCAAGCUCCCUGCCUUUGAGCUACUCCUCUAGUGCCAAACCAUUCUUUAAAGUGGAAUUCAAAAACUUUUCUACUUUUUAUUUUAUACACUUUGAAACACAAAAAUCUGCAUUUUAAUAUUUAUUUUUUGCCAUUUGAUAUCAGAACACUUUAUAGAGCACAGCUAUUAAUUAGAAGGAAGUAGUACCAUCACAGGACCAGAAAACAAAUUAAUGUAAUAGAAUGGAUACCCAGGGCUGGAAGGGAGGGUGACAUGCAUUUGUACAUGCAAAUUUAACCUCUGAGAACAGAGGAAUUUUAAAAAUAAAUUUAAAAAUUUUUUAAAGUAAGGCAUGCUUACAUAAAACAAUUUGAAGUAAUUUCUUUAAAGUCUUAUUUUACAAAAAAAUUCAUGACAUGGGCAUGAAUGAAGGAAGAGUGAGUCUGAAUGAAUGAUUUUUGUUCAAUUAUUAGUUUUAACCGGGGAAGGGCUCCUAGCACUGUAGCAAAAUCUCAGGGCUGCCCCUCUCUCCACCUCCUCCACCCAGGUUGACCUUUGAGUUUACUCCUUACAUACUGUGGGCCCUGCCACACUCGUGGGCAUUGUCAUCUCGGUUGCCUUCCUCCCCAUGACACGUCUCCUGUUGGUAGUGAACAGGUGAAAUCCUCACUCCAGCCCACUUCCAGCUCUGUCCCCCAGAAGGAAAAGGAAUCCAUCAGAAAGUGGUCCAUCCAAUGGUUCAUGGUCUCUUCUCAACCACACUAGAUUUUUAGUUAGAAAUGAGCCUUUCCUUACUACAGAUCAUUAAAAAGUGACAAUGCCAACCAAAAAGGAGGGCAGGGGAGGACUCAGUAUAUGAAAAACAAAGGUUCACUGCCAACAAUCAUUGAUGACAUGCGGUUGUGUUUUAGAAAAAUAUGGGUAUUUUCCCUUCUCAUUAUAGGAUUAAUUUAUAUAGUGGAAUAAACAAAGCUAGUGUUGGAAUCCAAAAAAUGAGCUAUAGCUUAGCUCUGCUUCUAAUUAGCUGUGAGAGCCCAGCCUAGUUCCUCAAUCUUUUAAGCUUCAUUUCUCCAAUCUGUAGAAUGGAGAGAAAAGUAAAGGCCUAGAGUCCAUUUAAGAAGACCAUAUAUGCAUAUAAUGUUAAUAUGUACCUGUUGUGAGUGUGGCACCAGGUCAUGAUGUGACUGUUAUUUACCACCCUGAAGUUUUCCACACAGCUGGAAACAUCUCUUAAGGAGCAACUAAAAUAGGCAACAAGUGGUUUGUCCAUUUCUACAAAUCUUAGAAUAUUAGUUUAUCAAAAAGUAAAGCACUGGGUCUGGGAUUUAGCUCAGUGAUUCCACUGCCUGCCUCAAAAGCACAAGGACCUGAGUUUGAACCCUAGUAUCAAAAAAAAAAAAAAAAAAGAUGAAAAAAGUAAAGCAUUAACUGUCAUUGUAAAGCUAGAAAGAGUGACUUUAGUCAAUAAGAUAUCUUACUUUAAGGUCCAGACUUUUGGGUCUGUCAGCAAUAGGGGAGAAAUAGUUUGAUUUUUUUGUUUGUUUGAUUGUCUGUUUUUAAGGGGAAAAGGGUUUAUUUGGCUUACAGUUCAUAGAGGCUUCAGUCCAUAAUCGGCUGGCUCCAAGGCAGGGUGGCAGAGGGACAAUAGUUCAAAGCAGUGGAAGCAGCAAAAGGGAGCUUGGCAGUGCCUUUCUUCUCCUUUACUCUUAUUCAGACUACUGGGAUCAGGGCAGUGCCAAACCAAUCACUCAUGUGUAGUGGUUUAGUAAUCAUAUGCCCUUAAUUCUAGCAUCAUACACUCUAGAUUCAGUUACCUAUGACCGUAUGAGGCUUUGAGAGGACUUCUAGAUGAGUUUGGGGUAUUUUUGAAGGUAAGUACAAUGUGUCUUCAAGUGCUGGUGGGAAGCCAGGGAGCCAGAAGCCCAAAAGCCAGAUCCUGCAGGAGGAAUAUUCUGAUUGGAACAAAUAAAUACUUUCUGAAGGAAAAAAGGAAAGAAAGAAAAGCAUAAACAAGAAUGCAUAUGGAAUUCUCAAAGUUAUAAUAAUUAUGUGCCACGCAUGUUGGCCCAUGCCUGUAAUCCCAGCUACUCUGAAGGCUCAGGCAGGAGGAUUGCAAAUUUGAGGCCAGCCUGGGCAACUGUCUCAAAAUAAAGUAUCUAGGGAUGUACCUCACUACUCCCUGUGUUCAAUCAUCUCUGUAUUAAGAAAAAAAAAGUCAUACUAAUUACGAGCUAUUACUGUUUCACAAGUCAAAGGGAGCUAUGCCACCUAAUAAGGGGACUACAUGAAAAGUGUAAGAAUUAAGAAAGCUUGCACAUUUCCCCCUAACCAUCCUAACCAAUACAACUGCCCAUUAUGGAGCAGAUUCUUUGUCACAGGUGCUGCAUUUAGGAUUUGCCUUCCAUCACUGUACCAAUAAAAAAGACCAAAAUGGUUCCUAGUUCCAUUUAUGGCCUACCAGGAGAGAUGGACAUUAAACAAACACACACACAUGCCACCAUGGUAAGAGGAAAGAGGUUCAUUUGGCUUACAGUUCAUAGAGGUUUCAGUCCAUAAUCGGCUGGCUCCAAGGCAGAGUGGCGGCAGGGCAAUAGUUCCCACCUAAGUUACACAGAAGUGUGGGGUAGGCACAGAAGGCCUUCUAAGAAAGGGAUUUAAGUUGAAAUCAGAAGAGUGACAGGAGGAGAAGCAGACAGAAGAGCAUACAUAAGCACUCUGAAGCAGUCUAGAGUCUAUGGCCAUACCACCCAGAAUGCGCCCAAUCCCAUCUGAAGCAGACCAGAGUUUGGACCAUGAAGGAACAAAUCCCAUGUAAUUAGAGCUAAGUGAGAGAGUGGGAGGGGAGAUACAUGAUGAGGCCAAGGGACACAUCAUGCAGGGCCGACCUAGUAGCCAUAGUGAGGAGUUGUAAUUUAUCAUAAUGAGACUAAGCAGAGAAGUGGCAUUUUCUAAGUUUUUAAUAGAAAUGGGAUUAUGGCCAAGAGUAGAAGACUAUGGGAGAGGUUCAAGGGAGGUGGGCUUGGACUGAAAUGGGACAGUAGCAGAAAAAAAAAAAAA